AUUUAGUUUAUUUUAUAUAUAAAAUAAAAAACCUUUUUGUUUUUUGUUUUAAUAUAACACCCACAGUCCCUAACAAUUGCUACUUACUAAUGGGACUCUGAGAGAGAUGUCAUAAUUUUGCUAUAAUGGGCUGUAACCCCAAUUCGACCUCAGUCUUGCAGCAGCUCCGGGCUGAGAAAAGUGAAACUCUAGCAGGUCUCCAGAGGGUGGCGCACGAGGCCGACUGACAGUAAGGAGCUGGCAGCGGGCUCGCGCUCCAGGCGCGCGCCCAAGCACUCUAGCAUCCACCCAACUCCCCCAUUUAGUACGCGAGUUUACCUCUAGAGGUCAUCAGGCAGGAUUUACGACUGGACAACAAAAGCACGUGAUACGAAGUCGUACCCCAUAUUUGGGUGCCUACGUAGGAGGGAACCAAGUACUUGUCCCAGUCAUUUCCAUAAUUCAUCAUAAAUUGUGCAAGGGUGCUAUAGACGCACCAAAAAACGAAGCAAAGAGCCACAAAUCAAGGCCCCCCGAUUAAAAAAAAAGCCAACAACAACAACAACAAAAACCCCUAACAAGCCCCAACAACAACAACAAAUGAGCUCCUAUUUUGUAAACUCAUUUUGCGGUCGCUAUCCAAAUGGCCCGGAGUACCCGUUACAUAAUUAUGGAGAUCCGAGUGCCGUGAGCGAGCAAUUCAGGGAAUCGGCCAGCAUGCAUUCCGGCAGGUACGGCGGCUACGGCUACAAUGGUAUGGACCUCAGCGUCGCCCGCUCUGCUUCCAGCCACUUUGCGCCAGGGGGGGCCACAGAGAGGGCUCGCGGCGGCAGUUACCCCUCCAGCGCCAGCGCCAGCGCCAACGCCAGCGCCGCCACCCCCGACGCCAGGUACGCCAACCGGGCGGCGGCCGCUCACUCGCCUCCGCCUGAGUCGCUGCCUUGUGCCGCCGUGACCGCCUCGCCUGUCAGCGGCGACGCUCAUCACGGUGGGGGGAAAACCUCCACCGUUAACUCGACCACCAGCACUUCGUCCACCUCCAGCGGCACCGCCAGCGCCGGCGGCAGCGCCAGCAGCAACGGCAGCGCCAGCGCCAGCACCAGCCACCUGGGCAGAGAAGGGCUUAGCACGUCGCCGGUCGCCCAGGAGGAUCCUCCCGCCAACAACGAGCAGGCGUCCUCUCAGCAGAACGACCAAAACACAGCUCAACAGGCUCCCCAGCCCCAGAUCUACCCCUGGAUGAGAAAACUUCACAUAAGCCAUGACAACAUAGGGGGGCCCGAAGGGAAAAGGGCUCGGACAGCUUACACCCGAUACCAGACCUUGGAGCUGGAGAAAGAGUUUCACUUCAAUAGGUACCUGACCCGCAGGAGGAGGAUUGAAAUAGCACAUGCUCUUUGCCUCUCAGAGAGACAAAUCAAGAUAUGGUUUCAAAACAGGCGCAUGAAAUGGAAAAAGGAUAACAAGCUGAAGAGCAUGAGCAUGGCAGCUGCAGGAGGAGCCUUUCGCCCUUAAGAGAUAUGCCAGCCCUGCUUCUC